UAUUACUAGCCCGACAAUAGUAAGAAUCAGGUGUCGGCGGCUCCUUCUUUAGGACUGUGCUAUAUACAGGGCGGCGCUUCCCCCGCCCGGAGUGUCCGCUCCCCCCUCCCCGUCCACACACACACACCUCUCUGCAGUACAGAGGGGCAGGGGGAGGACGCUACCCAGAAGGAGCUGUCAGACAAGGCACCGGGAGAUGUGCUGCUGAAGCCCCCGGUCACCCACAGCCCGGCUGCAGCUCUGUUCCAUGCACUGAGGCGCCGCACGGAGAGGCAACGUGAGUCUCCUACAUCCCGCUGCCCGGGAUCACUGGCGGAGCUCCGGGCAGCAGCUGAUGAUGUGCCUGGAGAGUGAUGGAGCGGGCACGGGUGACAGCAGCCAGGACUGCAUCCCGGGAGCGGGGGAUGGGGGGCUGGAGACACUCUCGGGGAGGAUGAACCCCGUCACCGCCGUGCUGGAUAUGAAAUCCCCAGAGAUGGAGAGCCCCAGCAGCAAGCCUGCACUCGCCCAGAAAGCCCUCAAUGCGAGGAGAGCCAGAGUGGCAGCGGCGGGCAUACUCAGUGUGGGCAACGUGCUCAACUACCUGGACAGGUACACGGUGGCAGGUGUAUUACUGGACAUUCAACAGCAUUUUGGAGUCAAGGAUAGUGGUGCUGGUUUGCUUCAAACAGUUUUCAUCUGUAGCUUCAUGGUGGCUGCUCCAAUAUUUGGUUACUUGGGAGACCGAUUCAACAGAAAGGUGAUCCUGAGCUGCGGGAUAUUCUUCUGGUCAGCAAUCACCCUCUCAAGUUCCUUCAUCUCCAAACAGUAUUUCUGGUUGCUUGUACUCUCCCGAGGGCUGGUGGGCAUUGGGGAAGCAAGUUACUCAACCAUCGCUCCGACCAUCAUCGGGGACCUGUUUACCAAGAACACUCGCACAGUUAUGCUCUCAGUCUUUUACUUUGCCAUCCCCCUUGGAAGUGGCUUAGGCUAUAUCACCGGCUCAAGUGUCAAGCAGGUAGCAGGAGACUGGCGAUGGGCAUUGCGGGUCUCACCCGUGCUGGGUAUGAUCACAGGAACUCUGAUUCUGAUAUUCGUGCCGACAGCAAAGAGAGGCCAUGCAGAUCAACUAAAGGCUAGAAGCUCUUGGUUCAGAGACAUGAAGGCGCUGAUUCGGAAUCGCAGCUAUGUCUUCUCUUCACUGGCAACAUCUACCGUGUCCUUUGCAACGGGAGCUUUGGGUAUGUGGAUCCCACUCUAUCUAUACAGGGCACAAGUGGUGCAGAAGACAGUAGAGCCUUGUAGCUUUGGUCCAUGCAGCAAUAAAGAUAGUUUAAUAUUUGGAGCAAUCACCUGCAUCACUGGCUUCCUUGGUGUGAUAACAGGAGCAGGGGCUACUAAAUGGUGUCGGCUGAAAACUCAGCGCGCUGACCCACUUGUCUGUGCCGUCGGCAUGCUGGGAUCAGCUAUCUUCAUUUGCCUGGUCUUCGUCGCUGCCAAGAGCAGCAGCAUAGCUGCAUAUAUUUGCAUAUUCGCUGGGGAGACCCUACUCUUCUCUAACUGGGCCAUCACAGCUGAUAUGUUAAUGUACGUUGUAAUUCCAACGCGUCGUGCAACAGCUGUGGCCUUGCAGAGCUUUACGUCACACCUUCUUGGCGAUGCUGGCAGCCCGUACCUUAUUGGUUUUAUUUCGGACCUCAUCCAAGAGAGCACCAACAAGUCUCCCCUGUGGGAAUUCCUGAGUCUCGGCUAUGCACUAAUGCUUUGCCCCUUUGUCGUUGUACUGGGGGGGAUGUUUUUUCUGGCUACAGCACUUUACUUUUUAGAAGAUCGCGCCAAAGCUGAGCAACAAGAGCCGGCCUCAGAUUCCUUCACUGUUGGCAGCUGUAGUGACUCAGAAGAAGCUUCCAUCUUGUAGAUUUUAGGUCAGUGCCAAGAGUGGAGGACCAUAGCUCCUGGGCAUAAGAGAAAGGGACUUCACAGCCAACACAGCAGAUUGUACAUAAGACCUACCUUGGAAUCCAAGGAAGCAGACGUAUUUGUGAUUUCUGAAGGCUGUAAUGUUUACACCAUGCACAGUGACUCCGGAUCUGAGAAGUGACGGUCCCUGGUAGCCAGCAAAAGAAUCACCUGUGAGUCAACACGGAGGCAGCGCUUUGCACCAUUCCAAGGUGCCACUACACCAGUACACCGCACUGUGAGCAAUGAGGCCAAUGAAGAACCCCCCCACAAUUAUCCGCUACCUUGCAAGACUGUGUCAAAGGACUCAUUCAAGUGUAAUUAUCUAGUUGAAGGAUUUUUUUUUUUUUUUAGAGGAAGACAAAAUUAUUAUAUCAUAUGUAUGAUAGUGUAUAUACUUUUUUUUUUUAAUUGUAUAUAAAGAUAUAUAUAUAAAUAUAUAUAAUGUAUAUAUUUUACACACAUAUUCUUUAUUUAAACUUGGGGCAUCAUACUAGCCUGUGUUUCUACAGAUAAUUAAUAUUUAUUCUCUAAGUUGGCAUCCCCACAGCUUUCAUAUGAAGUCACUGAAUUUACUGCCAACAGAAUGUCUGUCUUAAUCUUGCAAAUCUAUGACAUGACUUUACCAUACCUCCCAGAUAUCCCUAUGUGGGCGACAGGCCAGAUUCUAAUGAUCUGUCCUGCUGGCUGUCCAGUUGACAUUUUUGCCAUCACUGCCAGGAAUGUUGGAUGGGUUGUACUGAAGGCAGGGGACUAUGCAGCAGCCUAUGGAUGCCCCUAGGGAGGAACAUGUGUCCACAGCCCCUAUGUGAUGCAAUAAUGCUCCCAUUUUGGAGGGGCUAUGUCUAUGUUCUCAGAUGUAGGGGUAUAUUUACGAAGGUGUUAUUUUUUUUAUUUUUUUUUUAGAAGUGGAGAUGUUGCCCAUAUCAACGAAUCCGAUUCUAGCGAUUAUCUUCUAGAAGCAGCUAGAUAAAUGUUAAGUGGAAUCUAGUUGAUAUGGGCAAUAUCUCCACUUCUAAGAAACUCACACCUUCGUAAAUAUUCCCCAUAGAAUGUUUUCUUCAUAAAACCUGAAAAGAUCAUCAGUAUUAGCGUUUGUGUUACUAGUCUUUAAUUUGUUUACUCAAUAACGUGCAUAUUGCAUAAAUGUGCUGCAGCCAAUCAUAAAUUGGCAAAUGUCAUAAAAUAAAAUAUCCAUUUAAUAUGGAGGCCGUUUACAAAGCAAAACAGUAGCACUGUACAACACAGGUGAUAAACAGUGACCUACAUCAACUUUACUAGGUUCACUCACCAAAGAGUAAUGUUUUGCUCCAGCUGCUCAGGUGCAGUUCACCAGCAUUUGUUGGCCAGGGUUACCAUGCACACACCGUGCAGAAAUGAGAAAGACAAUUAAUUUACAUGUUCCUGUUUACUCCCAAUGUGCUGCUCGUAGGGCCCCCAUUGGGCGAUGCAGGGGGGCCUUCAUUCAAGUGUUGUUUUCUUAUUGUAAAUCUGCACAGAAGAAUGUCUUUUUGAUUUUUAUUAUGUACCAAGACUGUACAGACAUACAUUUAUAAAUGCUGCUUUCUC